UGACCAUUGGAGGAAAAAUAUUCCAGUUCUUGCGCAGUCGCACAGGGUAUUCUCAAUUGAUCUUAUUGGUUAUGGGUAUUCAGACAAACCAAAUCCGCGUAAGCUUGGAGUUAAAUUCUUUUACACAUUCGAGACAUGGGCCAGUCAGCUAAAUGACUUCUGUACAAAUGUGGUCAAAGAUGAAGCAUUCUUUAUUUGCAAUUCUAUUGGAGGUGACCACCUUUUGAACGAUAUUGCUUUCACUGGCCUAAUGCUUGACUAUUUCUUUUGUUGCCUGAUUGAUUUCUCUCUAGGUAAUGGGCACGCAGAAGAUUGGUAAUAAAUAAGAUAUCCAUAUGGAUGGCCUUUUUCUUUUCAUUUGUCCUUGCUUUGUUCCCUUUAUCUUUGCCCAAGCUCUUGCACCUCCUAGAUCUAGAUAUAUUAUAAUUACCUUCUUACUUCAAAAUUGUCCAUUUGUUUGUAUGAGGCAUUACAAUCUCCUUGCAAUCAGUAAGUGAUGAUUGUGGUCUUAACACAUUGACGGUGUUGUUUAGAGUAUGAUGCUAGUAUUGUACGCAGAGGCAAUUACAUUUAUUUAGUUGUUGGUGUAA